UGGGAGCGCAGGGCACACGGUGCGGCGGCACUGCCUCUUCGCCGCGUCAAACAGCCCUCUUCUAAUCGGACGGGCGACAGAAACGACAAGUCGACCCACCGCAUGCGUUCGCUGUUUGACCCGAACAGAUGACUGGAGCCACCGGGUCGAAGACCGGACUGUUUCAGAGGGGCUCGUCCAUUGGUGAGGCCAUUAACAUUACUCCCUCCUUUUCCUCCGACUGAGAGCUGGAAGCGUGUAGCGGUUCAUCUGCACUACAGCAGAUUAUUGAGCAGCACAGAGAGACUGUACGGGCUAAUGGGAUUGACAAACUAACAUUAGCGCUACAGGGCUUUUCUGAGAGUAUGGUGCUCUUCAUUUUUGGCCGAGUUAUCGUGGAUAUGAAUCAUGUCUGAGCCCGAGGGGUGACCAUCCAUCCUGAGCUGAGUUGCGUCCUGUGAACUGCAACAACACCAAAGCUUGUGUUGAGAGCCUUAUUCUGACUCAUGUUCAAGCUUAGUCCGCAGACUUCAGUGGGUCUAUUUCUUCUAAUGCACAGUCCCUUAGGGAGGUGGAGAUAAAACCCAAAGCUUUUUGCACCACAAGAAGAAGAAGGAAAUGGUGAGUCACGCCCUUUCUCUCCCGGAUCAUCUCAGUGAAUAGCCGGCCGCACAGAGCUGAAAGGAUCUCAGCUCAGCUGGUAAAUAAAACCCUCUUCCCUCCGCACAGUGUGGGAGAAAGUGCCACUGCGGUGCUGGUGUGGCAUCUUUGUAGGCUGAUAACUGAAGUGAAAGCAGCGUUUGAGCGAUCAUCUUUCACCUGGAGCCACUCACCUUUCAGGACGUGGCCCCAGAGCCGGCUGUCAGGGCAGGACUGUCAGUGGGAGCAGAAAGAGAUUCUCACAACCGGCAGAGCAGCACAGAUGCAAGCAGCCUUCCUUAUGAGACUGGAGAUUUAUCCACAAGGGAAAAGACAUGUUAUUUUUUGGGUGACCUUCAUGCAGGUCUAAGACUUUUUCAUUGACUUUUAUCUUUGCUUUAGCUGGUGCCCAGUGGGGCUGUGUGUGGUGUUGACUCUUCAUCUUUAUGAUUUUUCACCACUGGGCGAGUGUGUCUGAGUGGCUGGGAGAGCCAGCAUGGCCAAGCCUCUGCUGAAGAUACAGCGCUACUUCCGCAGGAAACCUGUGCGAUUCUUUUCCCUCAUCCUCCUCUACCUGACCGCCGGGAGCCUCGUUUUUUUGCACGCUGGCUUUGUCGGGGACAAUGGCCCCGGAGCCCGAGGAGGCCGAGACUCUCUUAUAGCUUCGGAGAUGGGCAGCUGGGCUUCAUCGGACACUCGGGGACUUGGCCUCAUGAGUAGGGUGUUUAAGGAAAAACGGAGAAGUGGACGGAGGUUUGGUCCCCCUUGGAUGAAGAAAACUAGACAGGAGGGCCUUGGGAUGGUGGGCAGGGGGCGAGACUACACCAGCAACUGGAACCGCGCGCUGAAAGGACGCAAUGCCAAAGACCUGGAUGAAGGAAGAGCAAAGUACAUCGGCUGCUACAUUGAUGACACUCAGAAAAGAGCUCUGAGAGGAGUUUCCUUUUUUGACUACAAAAAAAUGACUGUAUUUCGUUGCCAGGACAACUGUGCAGAAAGGGGAUAUAUGUAUGCAGGCCUGGAGUUUGGUGCAGAGUGCUAUUGUGGUCAUAAGAUCCAGGCGCCCAAUGCUUCAGAAAGCGAAUGCAACAUGGAGUGCAAAGGAGAGAAGAGCAACGUGUGCGGAGGGCCCAACAGACUGUCCAUCUAUAGGCUGGAGCUGAGUCAGGAGUCAGCGCGCCGCUAUGGCAGUGCCAUUUUCAAAGGGUGUUUCCACCGGCCAGACAAUGUCACACUGGCUCUCCCCUUCAGCGCGGUCAUCCAGAACAUGUCUGUGGAUAAGUGCGUGGACAUGUGCACAGAGAGGGAGAAAUCGCUGGCUGUGCUCGCUGGAGAUCGAUGCUACUGCGGAUUCCCAACGCCCCUCUUCUCCCUGCAUGAGCUGGAGGACGAGGGCAUGUGUCUCAAUCGGUGCCAAGGGGAAGAGUUUGAAAGCUGUGGAAACGACAAGUACUUCGUCGUCUACCAGACACAGGUUCAAGAUAAUCGGUGCAUGGACCGGCACUUCCUUCCCACUCGUGCUAAGCAGCUGGUGGCCCUCGCCAGUUUCCCUGGAGCUGGCAACACCUGGGCUCGCCACCUUAUAGAGCUCGCCACUGGCUUCUACAGCGGCAGCUAUUACUUUGAUGGCUCCCUGUACAAUAAAGGAUUUAAAGGGGAGCGCGACCACUGGCGGAGUGGGAGGACAAUAUGCAUUAAGACACAUGAGAGCGGCAGGAAAGAAAUCGAAGCCUUCGACUCCAGCAUCCUCAUGAUACGAAACCCCUACAAAGCCUUGAUGGCAGAAUUUAACCGGAAAUAUGGUGGACAUAUUGGAUUUGCUUCCCAGGCCCACUGGAGAGGGAAAGAGUGGCCCGAGUUUGUCAAGAACUAUGCCCCUUGGUGGGCGUCCCACACGCUGGACUGGCUGCAUUAUGGGAGGAACGUCCACGUGGUCCACUUUGAGGAUCUGAAGAGGGACCUGUUCACCAAGCUCAAAGGAAUGGUCGAGUUUCUGGGUUUGAAGGUUUCUGAGGAUCGCCUGCUCUGCGUCGAGGGCCAGAAGGACGGGAACUUCAAGCGGUCGGGGCUACGUAAGCUCGAGUACGACCCGUAUACUCCUGAAAUGCGUUCAAACAUCAAUGAACUGAUCAGAACAGUAGAUGCUGCUUUGAAGAAAAGAAACAUGUCUGGGGUUCCAGAGGAAUAUAUGCCAAGAUGAUAAAUGUGAAGACCUCUGUUUUCCUUUUUAUUUCGUUAGUUUUCCUUUUUAUUUCUGCACAUCUUUUAGAAUUUCAUGAGAUAAAUAGAUUUUUUAUUGUGUUAGAUGUCUGUUAAGUCAUGUAGGCGGACACCUAUUUCAUUUUUUCAGUCAUCGUUUUCUUUUUUAAACUAAACUAAAUCAGCUUCAUGCAUUCAUAGAGUAGACGUGACAGUUUUAAUGGGCAAGGUUUGUGUUUCUCUCAUUUGCUGAAUGAAAAGCACUCCUUAUCCUGCUCUAUGCACAUGUGCUGUGUAGGCAUGUGCACAUGCCUUAACACAAAGAAGCUACAGUAGCUGUGACUACAGAGGGGCUCAUCUGACUGUGCUGACAAAAGAUACGAUACAACACUGCAAAGUGUGCUCAGUGAGCUUAUUUUGUGCAAAAGAAAAGUCAAAACAUUAAUUUUCCUGCUGCUAUUACAGUUACAGAACUAUUUUAUAUAAGAAGCUCACUGAAAGCUGUAUCUCUUUGUUAGGGGGGAAAAUGCAAUAUGCAGGGUAUAACUACCUGAUGGUGAUGAUACUGUGUGUUUCCAAGAUUUUGUAAGGUGUUUAAUUCACUGUAUGUACGAGAAAUCAGAAGGUUAUUCAAGAAGCUGAGUUAUCCCUUUCGAAGAGACUGACUCGAGGAGAGAAGAGGAUUAAUGUCUGCGGCAUUUAUUUAUCUCCCGUGAGCAGCGCACACGUUGAUUCAUUUGGCUGUGAAUAUGUUUUCUUAACACUGGACUCGAUGCAGAAAUCCAAAAAGCACUUCGGUGUGCAACACCUUCCCCAAAGAUCACUGAGGAAUUAGGCAUUACACUCGUGUAAUAGACUGGAUUUUACCUUAGAAGUAGUGACUGUUGUAGAGGUUUAUUUAUGAGAGCUAAUCGUACUGAAUGUGAAAACUGUCUUUUUUCUUUUCUUUUUUUUACUGCUUUGUUGUAAGAAAAGCUUUGAAACAGUUAAAGCUCGUAAUCAUUUUCCUAUUCCUUGUUGAAAAAAAAAAAAAACUCCAGCAAACCUUUCUGCAGCACGUCUUAAAACGGUACUCGAUCUCCUCUGACGCUUAAACACAAACAAAUAUACAGAUUGAUAAAUCCAGGAAUAAAAAAACAACAACAGCACCGGUGAUUGAGAGCCAGACAGCAUUAACUGACUUCCAUUUUCAGUAUAAUAAAAA